UUCAGUGCUCCUCGAAGUCCUUCUUCUGCCAUCAUGGGUAUUCAAGGUCUUCUACAGUUCCUCAAAGAGGCAUCGGAACCCGUCCAUGUGAACCAGUACAAGGGACAGACGGUGGCAGUGGACACCUACUGCUGGCUUCAUAAAGGAGCUUUCGCCUGUGCAGAGAAACUGGCGAGAGGGGAACCGACUGAACAGUAUGUGGCCUAUUGUAUGAAGUUUGUACACAUGCUUUUGUCACACGGUGUGAAGCCCAUACUGGUGUUUGAUGGAUGUACGUUACCAUCGAAGAAAGAUGUAGAAAGAGCGAGACGAGAGAAGCGGCAGGCAAAUUUGCAGAAGGGGAAGCAGCUGCUGAGAGAAGGCAAGCUGUCCGAGGCCAGAGAUUGCUUUACACGCUCGGUUAACAUUACCUCUGAAAUGGCUCAUCAAGUCAUAAAAGCUGCACGCUCUGAAGGUGUUGACUGCAUAGUUGCCCCAUAUGAGGCCGAUUCCCAGCUGGCAUACUUGAAUAAAAAUGGUUUUGCCCAGGCAAUCAUCACAGAGGACUCCGACCUUCUUGCCUUUGGUUGUAAGAAGGUGUUUCUUAAAAUGGACCAAUAUGGGAACGGCUUAGAAAUUGAUCAGGCUCGGUUUGGAAAGUGCAAACAGCUCGGAGAUAUAUUUACGGAAGAGAAAUUCCGGUAUAUGUGCAUCUUGUCCGGAUGUGACUAUUUGCAGUCUAUUCAUGGUGUGGGUUUAGUCAAAGCCAGUAAAGUUCUAAAAGUUGCAAAUAAUCCGGAUAUUAUACAGGUCAUUAAGAAAAUGGGACAGUAUUUGAAAUCCAAUAUUACUGUUCCCGAUGGAUACAUAGAUGGAUUUAUCCGUGCUAAUAAUACCUUUCUGUACCAGCUGGUCUUUGACCCACUGAAAAGAAAACUGGUUCCUCUUAACCCUUAUGAAGAUGGCAUUGACCCUAAAGAAUUGAGCUAUGCUGGGCCAAACGUGGGAGACUCGAUGGCUUAUCAAAUCUCACUGGGUAAUGUGGACGUCAACACCAUGAAAAAAAUAGAUGACUACAAUCCUGAUGUUCCUCAGGUGACAAAAAAGAAGAGCCACAGCUGGAACAAGAAGGUCUCAGUUUCUGGAAGCAUCUGGCAGGAAAACUUCAGUCCCUGCACAAAUAUAAAAUUAGAAGAGAAGCCAAAAGUGGAAGAAAAGGCGAGUCGGCGAGGGUUAAUAAUCCCAAGUAAUAAGAACCCCAUGAAAAGGUCUCUUGAAGGUGGGGUUUCGGAAUCAGACCUCCUCAGUCAAUAUUAUUUUUCUCAGAAUAAGAAACCCAAAAAAGAGAGUGAAGACCAUUUAACAGAACUCCAGGCUUCUCCCCCAUCAAAUGUCCUACAACCACUAGACGACCGGGCCAAUACGAAAGCCUUCCAGCCCAAAGCAAGGAAUACUUUUGCCACCUUGCUGCAAAGAAGGAACGAACAAAGCGGUUCAGCCUCUGUUACUGGAACCCGCAGUAGGUUUUUUUGCAGUGAAUCUGAGCUGGUGACCUCCUCCCCUAUAGACCAUAUUAAGCCAACAGACUACACGGCAAACUCUUCAGGGACUCCUUGUGAGGUCAUCCAGGAAAUGGAAAUACCUGAGGAACGCAACGAGCCGUGUAAAGAAGAGCUGACUCCAUCUCCAGUCUCUGAUCAUUGUGACGUGAAAUCUAACGCGGAUUCUCCACUUCGUAACGCAAGAAAUUGUUUUAGCUGGUCAGGAAGCUUGGCCAAAAGAAUCCCAACGUCCGAGAGCCCCCGUCCCUCCAUCCUGUCUCUUAGGAGGUUUCAGAGGACUAAAAGCAGUAUAGUGCCAGGCACAGAUCACCUUGACAUGGACCAGACCCCUAACUCCAAUGGGGACCAAACCAACGGUGUCAUCAUUCAGAAGAGUACAAUGUCUGUUCUGGAGAUUGAUGACUCCAGCUCAGAAGACAUGGACAAGAGUCUGGCGUCUUCUCCUGAGUUCAGCAUGAAAGACUCUCCUACACACCAGACGGCGUAUCCAGAGAGGAAGUCUAUUCCAAAAAUGAAGGUGCCCGGACUUCUUCGAUCAAAGAGCUUCGAUUCGCGCUCUGGGACAAAAUUAAAACCAAUGGCACCGGCAAAAGCUAGCGGGCUGAGCAGCCGGAUGCCUGCAAGAGCAGCUCAGAACAAUGAGAACAAGCCAGGCGUGCAAGCCACCAUCAGCGACCUGUGGAAGAACUUCAGUUUUAAAAAGUAA